UUGGUUUUUUUUUUUAGAAAAAGUAGCCCUACACAAUCAGUUUAGACCAUGAGUUUACAUUUUCAGCAAGAGCUUUCACAGCAGGUGUAGAUGUGAUGAAAAUGGGCAAUUAUUGGCCUCUUAGGUGAUAGGAUUGUUUCGGGGGAAUUAGCAUACAUUCAUGCAUUGACAGGAUGUGUGCUUAUAAAGUAUCACAUGCAGCUCCUCAGGAAAGGAGCACACUGGAUUUAUCUUUGACAUUUUUUACCGUAAUAGUAAUAAAAGUGUAAAGAAGCUCAACUCUCUUGCACGAUGAUUUAUGAUUGUUCAAAUCAUUUUACUCCUUCAGUUUUCUCAGUAUGUUGCUAAAAAGGGCGCGUUGUGACUGAUGGCAGACACGACACUUUCUAAAUGGACAGGAAUCAUAAAAUCUGAACCUCCUGACGAUCACAGCAUCAUCCUCCAGACUACAAGGCAGCUUUUGACCUCAUUUUUAAGUCGCUGUUUUCUGGCCGUACUUCUUGGCUUUGAAGGAUGGGUGAUGAGCCUGUGACUGAUCCUGCUUGCCUGCCUCAUCCCACCCUUCAAUGGAGCCGAUGUGGAACUCCUCCCUCCCACCUCCACAGCUCAUGUCCAACAUGUCUGCCUCCUCACUGCCUGAGGGCUGGGCUCUGUCCCAGUCACUAGCCCUGCUGGCCAUGCUGCUCAUGGAUCUGCUGGCUGUGGUGGGUAAUGUGGCUGUCAUGGCAGUCAUUGCCAAGGCCCCACAGCUCCACAAGUUUGCCUUUGUCUUCCACCUGUGCGUGGUGGACCUGCUGGCAGCCCUGGUGCUGAUGCCCCUUGGCAUGCUCUCAAACCGAGCCUUCUUUGGGGAGGCGCUGUGCCGGAGCUACCUCUUUCUCAGUGUGUGCCUGGUUAGCGCUGCCAUCCUCUCUAUCUCUGUCAUCAAUGUAGAGCGUUAUUACUACAUCAUACAUCCGAUGCGCUAUGAAGUAAAGAUGACUGUUGGCCUAGUAGCGUCAGUGCUGGUGGGGAUAUGGGUCAAAGCCCUAGCCAUGUCUGCUCUGCCGCUGCUUGCUUGGUUCCUGCAAGGUGGAAGAACUCCUCUUCUGGAGAGUAGUGUGGUUGGGGGAGGAGGAGGUGGGGCAGUCCCAUCUCCCCCUGCUCAGGGUCACAGGCGCUGCUCACUACAUUGGACAGGGGGAGGGUCAAACCGCCUGGCCUUCAUGGUCUUGUUUACUCUGGUGUAUUUCCUGUGUCCACUACUGGUUAUUCUUGUUGUGUACUGCAAUAUGUUCAAAGUGGCUCGGGUAGCAGCCAUGCACCAUGGGCCUCUGCCUACCUGGAUGGACACACCUCGUCGCCAGCGGUCAGAAUCACUCAGCAGCCGUUCCACGAUGGUUACCAGCUCUGGGACGGGGACUGGGACAGGCAGAGCGACUCCACAGCGCCCCUUUGGGGGAGGAAAGGCUGCAGCAGUGUUGGCAGCAGUAGGUGGGCAAUUCCUUUGUUGCUGGCUGCCCUACUUUACUUUCCACCUGUAUUCAGCACUGGCUGCCAGCCCUCCAGCCACCCUUGCCUCUCUGGAGGAGGUGGUCACCUGGAUUGGCUACUUCUGCUUCACCUCCAAUCCCUUCUUCUAUGGCUGUCUCAACAGACAGAUCCGGGAGGAGUUGGGCAAGCAUCUGCCUUGUCUGUUUCGUCGAGCAGGGAUUGAGAUGGAGGACAGACUGCCGAGCCGUGAAGGGUCCAUAGAGGAGAAUUUCCUUCAGUUUCUUCAGGGUACUGGCUGCAACUUGGAUCCUCAAAACUCUCACAGCACCUCCAGUCCUAAAGGGGAGGCCUGUUGCCCCGUGGCCCAGUCGCAGCCACCUGAGCCAGCGCAGCCCAUUCCGAUUGAUUUCCGUAUCCCUGGACAAAUUGCAGAAGAGACUUCAGAGUUUAUUGAGAUUGAACAGGUGAAAAACAACCAUAUAUACACAGACAAUUAAGUUUUUAAUGUCUUUAUUUUAUGAAAGUAAGACUAAUUUUGAUCAUUCAGAUAUAAACCGUUUCAGGAGUUAUUUCAGUGAAAACACGUUUCUCUAUUCCUACUGAAAGCUGUGCAACAGUUCAUUUAAAUGACUUAAAAUUCUAUCUUUAAAUCAUUGCACUUUGCCUCAUCAGAUUUCAUCCUUAAACAGUCUCGAUGAUACAGUUAUAUGCAGUUGUUUGUGAACAGGGAAAUUACUGCUUGAUUUUAAAACAUUCCACACAACCGCUCAGCUCUGUACAGUAAACGACUCAGUGAAUUAAUAUUGAUAUAACUUGUUAAAGCCUUUUUUUUAUAAUGAAAAAAUAACAUUCAUUAUAUGUUGGAUUCUACGAAGGUAACGGAACAGUUUUCAAAGUUAAAUGUUUUCAGAAUAUCCCUUUUGAUCUUAAAUUAGGGAACGCUUGCUGAAAUACACAGGCUCCCUCAAUUAAUUACUUAACUAUUGUGCAGUGAAGAUCUGCUAUUAGACGAAUCGCCUUUGGUAUUCAGAAAUGAAGAUUAAAUGGUUCCACACACCAAGUGAUACUGUAUUUAUAACUGCCAAAUCAAUCAUUUUUGAGACUCUGGUAAGUUGAUUAUUUUUGAAAAGCGUUUUGUAAAUUACUUGCAAGAAAAGUAAUGUCAAAGAAGACAGCAAUAAAAUACACAAAAUUAUGAGUAUUUACUACUAAUAAUAAUAAUGAUAAACUUUAUUUGUAUAGCACCUUUCAUACAAGAAAUGCAGCUCAAAGUGCUUUACAACAAAGAAAAUACAUUUAC